AAUGUUUCUUAAUGAUCAUAGUGUACCUCAGGUGUGAAAGAAAUUAUCAAGUGGUUUGAGAGAAAAGAAUAUGCAUGCUAAUGUACCAGUUCAAAGACUUAGUUACAAAGAAGGAGGACUAGCUAAAAAAAUAAUUUAUUUUGCUUUGCUUGUCAAACUGUGGUUGGGAUUAUAAGACUAGGUGUAGCUUAUUAUGUAUGCAUAUUAUUAACAUUACCAUUUGUAAAUAAGUCGAUAAGAAGUCUUCAGUGAGAAAAAGAGGUAACUUACAUGCCUUGUUUUGUUCUGUGUUCCAGGACAUCUCAGAUAAAAGUGAAUAUUUGGUAUAAAUAUCCAUGUAUCUGAAUCAACUAUUUUCAGCCUUGCCUCUUUUUCAGAGAUUACAUGGAAAAAUGGUGUCUGAAAGAUUUUUCCCUCCUCCUUUUUUUUUUUUUUAAGUGACCUCAAAUGGACCUGUUUCACAGAACAUGAUUCUCUGGUAUGUACUGCAUUGCAAUUCAUGGGUGUUUGCAGAGAGCUCAGGACCUCUGGUGCUCUUCAACAGUCUGCCACAAAGUAGGACGGAAAUACUAUUUUUCUGCUUCUUUGGAUGCCUCUCUAUAGUUUCAGCCCAAGAUUUUCCUUGAAGUUCGAACUAAAACAAAGGAGUAACGCUUUUCUCAAGAAUAGACCAGGCUGCACCAAUUCUGCCUAUUUUUCUAAAACUUGCUGGAGCCAAUCUGCCUUUUCAACAGAUACUUUUAAAAGGAUGCAAGUUGCAUCACUUUUAGUGUGCAUUUAUACACAAAGUACUUUGUGCUGAGUAUGAGUAAAGUUGCUUCAGCUGUAACAAAUGGAGCUAAAGCCUAAGCAAGGGCACUCGAAGUUUAGCCCAACCAAGAGUUUAUUCUUUUAAGGUUCUGCCCCAAAAGCUGUUGCAUGACAUUACACCAAACUUCAUACAACAAAAUGUGGGAGCUCUGUCCCGUAAAACAGUGUUUUACCUCCAGUUCUUCACCUUCAGCACUAACAGAUCAGAAUGGCCAAUGCACUUGAUAUAAUUUCAUGGGUCAGUAUUUUGAAGGACUACUUUUGUCAAUAGCAGAUAUCUCUUCUGUAGGAGAAAUUGGGCUGUGAGCCUUUCUACAAAGUGUGUGCAGGAAAAGAGUACUUACCGAGCUGUCACUGCAGACCUAAAUGUUCAGCAAGCCCAUUAUUUAUGUUGAAUCCAAAUAAACAGAUAAUUGAUAGGCAGAGCAUAAGAACUGACAAUAUAAUUAAUGUUAUUUCCUUAGUUCCAACCAUACAGGUGUACCAUAACUGUAACAUUUCUUCUAAUUUAUACUUCUUUAAAUGGUAUGUGCUGGUCAGCAUGCCUGAAACUGUACUGUAAGCUUAACUUAAUUUUGGCCAUAUCUUCCCUGUAGUUUUGUAAUCUGAUGUUUUAAAUGCAGUUAUAAAUGCUCUGUUGAAAUGCAGCUGUCAGCAGGUGCAAAUGUCAACUAAUAUUUUCUUUUCCAUUUCAAAGUAUCUGUUAGGAAAAUACAUAAUAUGGCCUAUGUUUUCUUCUCGUAUAAAUUCCUGGAUCAGAGUUAAGCCUGUCAUAACAACGUUGGUUUCUUAGUGCUUGAUAAUAGUGAUUUACUGUUACAUUUGAACAUCUGUGAUGUUUAUUCAUUAUUAUCCUCACUCUUAUGUGCUUUGUUCAUGACGUGACAGUGAAGAACUUGUUAUUCAGCAGUCCCAGUGGUUUAAAAUACAGUUUAUUUUCUUAAAAGUUUUUUAGUAUUUUCUUUUGUUAGUAUAAAGUUUAAAGAGAUAUAAGUAUUGAGAAAUACUUACAUUCUUUGCACAUAAUUUUCUUACAGUGGUUUCAAGGAAACCUUCAAACUAUGCCAAUCUGUUAAAAAAAAAGGCUCUCAGCAAAUUGAACCAAAUUUUCAUUUACUUUCAACUUUCUGUUUGUUAAAUAUGCCUGAUGCUAAAAAAGCACCUUCACUACAAAUUCAAGCCUUUUUGAGCUGGACAGAAAAGGUUACAGGUGGGCUCUUGUCGACCUUGUUCAACUUCUUUUUCUGAAUACAUAAGUCUGUCUACAGAGUAGAUUACAAGGGGAUUGGGGGAAUAGGUGUUUUUUUCUUUGAAGUUCUAGAGGAAUUGUAUUAAUCUGAGUCAAAUAGAACAGCUAGUAGGUAGGACCACUUAAAUGGACUAGGUAUAGGCACUGUUUGAAAGUGAGUUGCUUUGGUUUGGGCUAUCAUAUAUAUAAACUAAAAGAGUCAUGUGUGUUGAAUUCACAGAAAGCCAGAAGUGAGCAGCUCAAACCCCAUUUUUGUAGUACCAUUUAUGAUAGAAGAGUAACAGCACUUUUUGAAUUACCUGCAUAACUCUUUCUUGCACUGCAUCCUAAACUGAUCAUGUGCUUGAGUGAAAUAACAAUAUCAUAACUUAUUUGGUAAAGAGCAGCAGAGAAAAGUACUAAUUAUAAAUGACUGUAACACACUGACAGGAACCUUUCGAAGGCUGGUGGAUGACAAUGACACUGACUUUUAUUUCUUAACAAUUUCUCUGAAUGGUAAUAAUUUGUACAGAGUAAUUCAGAUGCAAUUGAAUUAAUCUGAAGAUGACACAGAAGUCCUGAUUUUGCAUUUUUACACAUGCAAACAUUUUUUAAGACUGAAAGUAGUGUGGUGAGUUCAGUGGCCUUACAGGCCUGUGUAAAAACUUGAUUCUAUAUAUAAACUUAAAUGGUAAAUUGUGGAGCAACACUGAAAUAACAGAGGUAACUGGAGAGACUCGGAAAGUCAUCAGGAGUUCAUCAGAACAGAACUUACUUCAAAGAAGAGGGCAGUUUCAGUGAUACGGAUGUGAUGGAAAGAAAUUGUUCCUAAAAUACGCUUUAAUUUGGGAUAUUCCAAUCAGUAGGAACCGUUGAGAUAAUCCAGACUUAUAUAAGAAUAUGUAAGAGGCUAAACAAAACUGGAGAAUUUACCCUGGCUUCUCUAUCAGGUUUGCUCCUUCAGUUUAACUAAGUCCCUGCAUAUAGACUUGAUGAGGAGGAAUGCGUUGAAGUAUUAUACAGUAUUUUUAGUCUGAGGUUUCUCUGGCUUCCAGCCAGUGGGUCUCCCAUUUUCUUCUGCUAGCAGAAAAAGCCUGGUUUUUUUCCCAGUGUAACCUGCUACAACUGGCUCAGCCACUGGAUCCCAUGUUCAUCUCUCUGUGGGGAAAUCCAGGUCUUGAUUGAUACUUCUGGUUGUGCACGGUAGCCUCAAAGUAUAGACAAAUGGCUGGAGCUGAUCUUCAAGAACAAAGUGUGGUCUACAUGCAUCUGCUCUUCAGCAAGGAAACCAGUCAUCAAACUCUUCCUUGUUCUGACUGCCUCUGCCAAGUUUUAACCUGACAAGAACUCAGAGCAUCUCAAGCGAAUCCUGAAAAUUCUUAAAAGAAUCAGCAUUUUGGUCAGAAAACAUCCUGAUGCCUUUCUCUUCCAGCCUAGUCUUUCAUAAUAUGUUGUAGAAACCUCCUGACCUCUGAGUGACAGGAAGCUCCAGUGUGGUUAAAUUCCAAGCAAUUGUUACAGAAUGAAUUAUCGAGUCCAAAAUGAAAGUUCUAUACAAAUGUGUCACAAUUGGAGACACUCUAGAGUGGCAAUUUCCACUGAAUUGGAUUUACCCAUGCUACAGUCAUACGAACUAUUCUUCGAAGCAUAUCCCUGGUAUAUGUAGUUUAAGAGACAACUUGAUAGCCGCUUACAUUUUCCUCUCAGAUAAGAGAACUGAGAAACUUACGUUUCUUCAGGAAAUAUUUAAUUAUUUGCUUAACCACUUUUAAACCCUUUCCAUUUUUUUCUCUGAAGAAGAGAUACACACGGAAUAUUGCUUCACUAGUACUUCAUACUGCUCAGAGACUCUCUCACAGGAUUAGCUUCAAUACUGUUCAGAGCUGAUAAAGCAGAUGAUGAGGAUGAUGAAGAUCUCAUGGUGAAUAAGACAUGGGUCCUUGCACCAAAGAUACAUGGUGGCGAUGUAACUCACAUACUGGACUCCUUGCUUCAAGGAUAUGACAAUAAGCUUCGGCCAGAUAUUGGGGUGAGAACUACGGUAAUUGAAACAGAUGUCUAUGUUAACAGCAUCGGUCCAGUUGACCCAAUCAAUAUGGAAUACACUAUAGAUAUAAUUUUUGCCCAGACUUGGUAUGACAGUCGUCUAAAAUUUAACAGCUCAAUGAAGGUGCUUAUGCUUAAUAGCAAUAUGGUUGGAAAAAUUUGGAUUCCAGACACUUUCUUCCGGAACUCAAGGAAAUCUGAUGCUCACUGGAUUACAACUCCAAAUCGUUUGCUUCGAAUCUGGAGUGAUGGAAGAGUAUUAUACACUCUAAGGUUGACAAUUAAUGCUGAAUGUUAUCUUCAGCUUCAUAAUUUUCCUAUGGAUGAACACUCCUGUCCUCUGGAGUUUUCAAGCUAUGGAUAUCCCAGAAAUGAAAUUGAAUACAAAUGGAAGAAAACCUCUGUUGAAGUGGCAGAUCCAAAAUACUGGAGAUUGUAUCAGUUUGCAUUUGUAGGGCUACGAAAUACAACUGAGAUUUCUCAUACCUUGUCUGGUGAUUAUAUUAUUAUGACAAUAUUCUUUGAUCUCAGCAGACGCAUGGGAUAUUUUACUAUUCAGACAUACAUUCCUUGUAUACUCACAGUUGUUCUUUCAUGGGUGUCAUUUUGGAUCAAUAAGGAUGCAGUUCCUGCAAGGACUUCUCUGGGGAUCACCACGGUGCUGACCAUGACAACACUGAGUACAAUUGCUAGGAAGUCACUCCCAAAGGUUUCCUAUGUGACAGCAAUGGACCUUUUUGUUUCAGUUUGCUUUAUUUUUGUGUUUGCUGCCUUGAUGGAAUAUGGCACCUUGCAUUACUUUACCAGCAACAGAAAAGGGGACAAAGGAAAAGAAAAGAAGGCAAAAUCUAAGCCAUCAAAACCACCUGCAAUUGCUGUUCGACCUGGAUCAACACUAAUUCCAAUUAAUAACAUUAAUCAUCUCCCUGAACGUGAUGAUGAUUAUGGAUAUGAGUGCCUAGAAGGAAAAGACUGUGCUAGUUUCUUUUGUUGUUUUGAAGACUGCCGCACAGGAUCUUGGCGAGAAGGAAGAAUACACAUCCGUAUAGCAAAAAUUGACUCCUAUUCUCGAAUCUUCUUUCCAACUGCCUUUGCACUGUUCAAUCUUGUUUACUGGAUUGGUUAUCUUUAUCUGUAAAUUCAGAGGUUUGACAAACUCAGAAAAAAAGUGCUAAUUGAAUAGUCAUUAAUACUUUUAACUGAGCAAAGGUUAGAGCUGGUCCAAAAUGACUCAAAUUGUUUGUAUGCUUUAAAAAUUUGAAACAAUGAGAGGAAAUAUGAUGAGGUAGUCUCCCUCUUGUGAUCAACUGUAGAACUGAUACUGGUAUUUUGAAGAGAAAAUUUUAAAAUAAAGAUCCUUAAGAUUUAUCACAGAUACAUACACUUUUUUCCAGCUCUAAGAAAAUGCAGAGUCAAGAGGCUAUGUUAUUCAACUGGACUGUCCUGCAUAAGCUUUUGAUUUUAAUCCUAAAUGAUAAUGCAGAAGGAUUUUGUAGCAUCUCUUACACCUUUACAAAGAAAGCCUUAAUAAAAUGGGAUUAGUUACUCUCAUCAUCCAUUUCAUCCAUAAGGUGAUGAUUUUAUUAAUCCCUAAUUUUAAAAAGUUGAAAUGUUACAUUUCUCUUUUCAAUUAGCCAUUUGUUCUCUGCAGUAUGUUAAAAAGUGUGAUUAGGUCAUAAUUAAUCAAUUCAGAUUUAUACAGUAUGCAGAUAUUAGAGCAGCAAGGAAUGGAUAUAUCGAAACACCCAAGGAUAAUUCUGAGCUUGUCUUAUCCUGACCAUGGAUACAGACUUUUGGCUUUCAAUCUUAGAUUACUUUUAUAUCUGUGCUCCAUUUCCUGUUACUUCAUUGUUGUGAGUUCUCCGAAGCUGUCCAAGAGGUCUACAACUUUCAGAAAUUCUUAUCCAGCUGCCGUUGCUUGCUAAUUUCAUGGAAAACUGACUGGUGUUGGCUGAGAUUCUGGCCAUUAAGAAUAAUGAUCUUCACAUACUCAGUGUCGGAGAAAAAGUCAUAACCCUACUUUUGGAAGAAUUUGUAUUAAAAGAAUUUGGAAGGCCUGUAAUAGUGCCUGUAACAGUCAUUGUACUCAGUCACUGUGUUAAAUAUCCAGUCAUGAGAGUGCAGUGUGUGAUCUUGUCCACUUUGCAUACAGUAUGGUUUUGUAGAUUCGCUUUGUUACUGCACAUGUUGCUCACUGAGCCAGAGCCAAGUGGUAUCAAUGGACUGAACGUGUGGUAUGGAUUGCUGGGUAAUUACCUUCUUGAUAUUUGUCUGUUUCUAAUGGAAAAGACAUGUUAUGGAGGGGGAGUUAAAAUAAUCCUUAUACAUUGCAGAACCUUCUCCAAAAUGGGAUACAUCCCCCCAAAAUCAUAGGACCAGUUCUCCAUCCUUUCUGUGGUGAGAGCUUUGGUAGAAAUCCUUCAGUAGUUGCCUUUCUGGACUGACUUCUUGGUGUUGACUAUGGCUGGCUGGCAGCAUUUGGUGUCUCAUUUCUAUUUCUAAAUCCAUUGUCUUCAUUAUGGAAAAGUGCAGUCUUUCCUCCUUUCUUGAAAAGAAACUGGUCUCAAGUGAGCUUGCAAAAAUCACUGUAAAAUUAAGAUACGCAUUAAGUAAAAGUCAGCAUUACACAGAAGACCUUACAGAUCUUUAAAGAGGAUUAAUGGGAUUAGCAUUUGGCUGUAGGUAAGGAUGUUCAGUACUAAAGAUAAAGACAUGAUUAAUAGCUAAGAAUAGAAAAUGUUACAUGAAGGCCCUCCCCCCCCAAUAUUUCUGUUGAAUACGCUCCCUUCUCUAAAUUUCUCAGGAAGGAUUACUGUAUUUAUAGUCUAGUUGGUAGCAGGCAUAGUAAGAUAUGAUAUGCAAUACACAUUUCAGAGGAAAUGUUACUCCAGUGUUCAGUCCCAAAGUUUAAUAGAGAAUGUGAGAUUAUGUGCAGUUGGAUGAGAAGGAAGAAGAUCCAGUUUUAAUGAAAACUUUAUUUCAAUAUUUUGCUGAUGAAAUAUAGGAGUGGUUGAGAGAAUCUGAAAGCUCAGAUGAUGAGGAUGACUGACCUUAUUUGUGGUAUGACCUUUCUGACUACCAAGCUCUUCUGACUGUUAGACUGAGCGUAGAAGUGUGGUAUCAUUAACAACACUGACUGCUAUAAUUUAUUGGUUUUUUAGAGUCUUAUUUUCAGAAAAUGUGCAGUCCAACAGAAACAUGUCAGUUUAAAUUCCGUAAUGUAGGUUGGUGCUUUUUGACAGCAUGCUGAACGCAUUCCUCUGUAGGAGGGAUGAAGGUGGCUUCAGCAAACAGUAUGUUGGAUAUGUGCUUGGAAAGCAGUCAGCUUGCUGUACAAUGCAAGGCCCAGAUUUAGUGAGUCCCUGAGUUUCAUUAAUUCACCUUUAAACAGAAAAAAAACCUUAAAAGAACUUGGUACUUUACAAGAGGAAAUACAAAUUUCACAGCCUGCUCUCCUCUGGCUCAUCUAGUUAGCUUUUUCUAUUCAUGUGGUUGUCAGUUGCCAAUCAGCCUCCAGUGACUGAAUGGGAGAACAGAAAACAUUCAGAAUUGGCAAGGGAUGGAUAAGAAGUCUUUAAUCUCUAAUGUCUAUGGAACAAUGUAAUGGAGUAUUAAACCUAUUGAAUGUUAUGGCUGUUUGGCUUAUGGAUACAUGCUUCUCUCUGUUGACAAACUUUUCUGUGUACUUCAUUUGUUUCUGAUGAAAUAAUUUUAGUUUCUCAUAGUACUGUGAAUGCAAAUAGGAAUGAGAAUGCAGUGACCUGUAACAUGGCAUGUAAUAAAUGUGUUAUUUUAGUCCUAUGUAUUUUCUUUCUAAUCUGCAUGUAAACACUUGAAUUCAAGAAAUCUAAGUGAUACUUUAAAAAAAUGGCAAGAAACAGACAGUAUAAAUAAUUGGUUAGAAGCUGCAAUCAUUUUUCAAACUUACCAGGCUAAAAGUUGGUUUCCUCUUAGCUGGGAUCACAUUUUUUGGGAGUCAUAUUAUUCUGACCAUCAUUGCAUAAGCACACACUUAAACUUAUUCCUAAUUAGUACUGUUAUUAGACCAAAAUUCAGAAAAGCAAGUGCUUAUGUACUGUCGUAAAGAGUGAUGCUAUCGUGAAUUGAUGCCAUUAACAUAUGCUUAAUUUGCACUAAUUUCAAUAAUGAGUGUUCAGUAGCUCAAAUAAUUGAACAUUAAGGGUGUGAGCCAGAGCCUUUUCAAUAAGAGAUUUUCCUCAUCUAAAGAGAGGGACAUAAGAGGAAAAAUUGCCAUAAAGGCAGAGAGUGAAAAAAUUCUGGGAAAACUGUUUUAUACUGCACCUAUCUUUGUCAUCUCUUGAAAUGUAUUUUUCAAAAAAGAGACUUUUCCUUGAUAUUUCUGUAUUGGUGUUUACUACUUGUCUGUUUUUGUGGCGAGUACAGGUCAGUGUGUUAUUUUUCGGUAAGGUUCUGUCUAUGAUUGUACCUCACCGAUCUUCAGUGCAUGUCUUCCGUGUCUGAAUGAAUCUGUUUUAUGUAGUGGCAGUGCAACCAAAGCAUGAUCUCUGGGUAACGUAUUUUAUAUUCACAUGUUGAUGUGCUUCAAAGACUUUAACCUUAUCCAGUUUUCUGGCAUUCAGAGAUAUAGGAUUGUGUAAGACUUUGAAGGAGAAUCACCUCCAACAGUAUUUUUAUAACUUUCUGUUGUUUAUUUGGUAUGGUAGUAAAACAUUUGUUUAAAAUUGA